AAGGGCAUCAUUCAAGCCCCUCUCUGACGGGACAGGCUCACCGGAUCGUGGAUUGUCGGCGCACGAGGUGGCGCUCAAUGUCAUGUCCGAUUGUGACCCGCCGUGAUGGGCACUCGCGGACAGGAAUUUUCACAUCCUGCCCCUUCUCCCGCAGCCGAAAAUAUGAGACAAGUGUGCUCUACAUUGGGGAGCUUAUUGGCUUGUGCUGCGUUUGGAGUUUGUCUUGUUUUGCACGUUUUGUGAGAAUCGGAAUUUGGUGUUGAGAGCGUAACAGAGAGGAAAUUCACGCUGCGGUUGCUGAAAAAGACUUGCGGCGGAGGAACUAAGAGGCUGUUGUCAUCUCGUGGCAGCCAUGCUUUGGGACGAGUCCGAUUCCGACGGUGAUGACCACAGCGACUCCGAUAGCGAAGAUACGGAGUUGUAUGAGGAAAUUGUAUGGGAAGGACUUCGAAACAAGACGAUUGUUGUGAAGAAUGGUGACAACACGUACAGGUGCCCGCUUUCUCCUGGCAGGAAAAAACAGAGCUACAAGUACCGGGAACUCCUCGCUCAUGCCACAGGCGUAGCGACAGGCAAGAAAGGGCCGGUGAAAGCUGGCGGUCAUCGAGCUGUAAUGAAAUACCUGCUCGCAGAAUUGGGUGAUAGGCCCAUGAUUCCACAAGCAGAAAGAAUCUUGUACCUGGAUCAAGUUGUUCCGAAACGAAAGGGCAGGGCAACUAGACUCCUUGCUCCGUGGAUGGGAAUUCUUGUCAACAUUGACAACAGCAGAACCAACGAGAAUGGGUUUAGACUAGCACCUGGGCCAGCCGAAAUCAAGGAAAAAUUCAAGGAGUACAAGCCCGAGAGGGUGGAUGUCUUUCAUGACUUCCGGGGGCACCAGGGGACGGCGCUUCUGACGUUCCGGAGCGACAUUCGUGGUCUGGAGGAUGCCCAAGCAUUUGAACACAGCUUCGCUGCCACUAAUCGUGGACGAAAAGCGUGGUGGGAAGAAGCGCGCUCCGCGAAUCGGGAUUUGUAUGGUUGGCAAGCAGCUGAAAAGGAUUUGGAAUCCAAUUUGGGUCGCUUGGCGAAGCAUAUCAAGAAUUACUGCGACGUGAAGACUGUCAAAGAUAUGGUACAAGAAAAUGAGAGAUUGAACAAGCAGAUUGUCGAGGAUUUGGUGAAGAUCGUCGACAAAAAGAACGAUAUGGUGGCAGCUUCGCACACCCAGUUCGUGACGCUGCAGAAUAUGGUAGCUGACGUCGAAGCUUUGCGUUUGAAGGCCGAGGAGGAGAAGAGGAACAUGGAAGCACAGCACAAACGAGAUCUGGAAGAAAUGAUCUUAAAAGCGCAUAAAAAGGAAGCAGCCCACAAUGAGAUAGUCAUGUCACGCCAAGUGGCGCUCACAAACAAGUUGCGGACGCUUGAGAGCCGCUGCGAGCAGAUGAGAGAUACCGAGACGAAACUGAGGCUCAGCAAAGAAGCUGUGCAACUUCAAUUCGAGAAGGAAAUGGAAAAUGCACAAAGACUGCUAAAGGAGGCCAGCAAGAAGGCGGAAUUGCAUGCAGCAAUGCGGUGCAAGCAAACGGUGGAACAGAAAGAGCUAAUCCAAAAACACGAGGUUUUCUAUCCUAGAUCAGAUUAUUUUUAAAGAUAAAUUCUAUAUUAUUUGUAAAUUUGACAAAAAUUGAAUGGUUGGAUCA